AUUUAACCCAGCAAAACCGCAUCUUUUUAAAAGAAGAGAACAGACGGUUUCAAGAGCUUUUAAGCUUUGAACAGAAUACUUCAAUGCAGCUGAAAGCAAAAAAUCAGCAAAAGCAUGCACUCCUGUUCUCAGACAGAUUCUCCUUCCUCUGGAGAUUAUGCAACAAAAGUACGCUGAAGUGUUCACGCUGCCUUCCUGGCUGGACUGAGCAUGCUUCACGCUGUUUCUUUCUAUCUCCAAUACAAAGAAGUUGGGAAAAUGCUCGUAGAGAGUGUUUUUCUGAAAAUGGUGACCUGGCUGUUGUUUUGAAUGAAGCAGACCAGGCAUUCCUUACCACUCUGACUUAUCAGUUUGUAAAGCAGAACCCUCAAGUUGAUUUUUACUCAGCAUGGAUCGGGCUGCAGGACAUGGUGCGGGAAGGCAGAUACUGGUGGGUCAAUGGUAAUGAAUUGAACUCCAAAGUUGUAUACUGGAGGCAUCUGGAGCCAAAUAACGCUAUAGCCUCCUGGGACAUAGAACAAUCAGGUCAGGACUGUGUUGCCAUAGUCCCACCGCGUGACAUUGGGGUUAAGGAUUGGUUGAAGUCUUGGGAUGACAUUGUCUGUGUUGGCAAUCGGCACUACAUAUGUGAGACCCAAGCACUCAUUUUGGACUGACUGAAAGACUUUGAUUGAUGUCACUUUACUUGUGACUCAAAGAGAUCUGAGCUUAUGUAUAUAUGUGUAAAUAAGUGUCUAAAUAAAUUAAUUGUUUUUUUACUAAUAAUGUACUGUUAUCAAUAUGUUAAUGUUGCCUAACUAAAUCUAGUGAAAUAUGAAUGUGAAUAAAUCUAAUAAAUAUUACUAUGAAA